UUGCCUUGGCGCUAGUGUGGGGGCUGCGGCCGCGUCUCUCUCUGGUUUGAGGCCUUCAUCCUUCCCAGCGUGGAGGACAGCCGGCCAGACCCGCGGACCUACUGCUGCGGACCGCCGGGGGGCGGGGGAUGCCGGGCUGCCGCAUCAGCGCCUGCGGCCCAGGGACCCAGGAAGGGUCGGCGGAACCAGGGUCCCCGUCGCCGCCGCCCGGGGAGCGCCUGUUGUCCCCUCAGCCACCGUCCCCAACUCCGACCUUAACCCCGACCCCGGCUCAGGCCUCACCGCAGCCCGAAGUGGCCCAGGAGUCGGCGGGCUCGGCCGAGGGGCAGGAGCUGCAGCGCUGGCGCCAGGGCGCUAGCGGGGGCGCGGGGCGCACAGGGCCGGCAGGGGGCGCGGGCGGCGGCCCGGGCGCGGCGGCGGCGGCAGCGGCAGCGGCGGCAGGGGGCCGCGCGCUUGAGCUGGCCGAAGCACGGCGGCGACUGCUGGAGGUGGAGGGCCGCCGGCGCCUGGUGUCGGAGCUGGAGAGCCGCGUGCUGCAGCUGCACUGCGUCUUCCUGGCGGCCGAGCUGCGCCUGGCGCACCGCGCCGAAAGCCUGGGCCGCCUGGGCGGCGGCGUGGCGCAGGCCGAGCUCUAUCUGGCGGCGCACGGGUCGCGCCUCAAGAAGGGCUCGCGCCGCGCCCGCCGCGCCCGCCCGCCCGCGCUGCUUGCCUCUGCGCUCGGUCUGGGCGGCUGCGUGCCCUGGGGCGCCGGGCGCCUGCGGCGGGGCCACUGCCCCGAGCCCGAUUCGCCCUUCCGCCGGAGCCCGCCCCGCGGCCCCGCCUCCCCCCAGCGCUGACCUCCGCACCGGGACCUCUGACCAACCCGACAGGCCAUCGCCGAGGUGCCGACCGACGGAUUGUGGACGCCGGCUGGAUGGACGGCGUCACCGACGCCGAUGGACAGAUUGCCCGACCCCGGGAGGAGACAGUCGGGGGCCCGAGGGCCCGGUAAAGAAGGCUAAACUGAGCUCCUCCCAGCUCCUCAGAGCCUCGACUCUGGAUCUGACUCCUGGAUUCUGCUCCUUCCCUGGGCACCUCCUUCAGGAAGACUCCUCUCAUUGACCCUACACAAGCAUGGCACCCUCCUCACUUCACAGGAGCCCUUCACUUCACAGUGGCAAGGCGCUGGAUUCUGGGGAAGUUGCCAAUACUAUGAAUUUCUCUAUAUAUGCUGCAUUUGACUUUGGCUUACACUGUACAACUGAAGAUGUUACAAGUCCUUGAGACGCAGUCAGAUUAUUUAAGAGUGCAGCAAAGCUUUCCAAUGUGAAAGUGAAAAGGAUCUCUUUUAAAAAUGUCAUCAUUCUUAAACAAGUCACAGUGCAGCUGGGGUCCCCAUUUUGGUAGAUGCUGUUGCUUCUCAGUCUAACAGCACCAGGAGGCCUGUUUGAGGGGAAGCAUUGCUCUGAGCAAUCCCUCAGUUCCCCUCAUUCACCGUCCUUGCCCUCUCCAGGUGGGCACGUGCCUGUGGCCCCUCAGAAAGGUAAUGGGCUGCUGGCUCCCGGGGGACACACCUCUUUCUCAGGAAGAGGUGUUGGCAACAUAAUUCUAAGUUUUAAAUGAAAAAAGGGAACACAUUUAUUCAAAUAGCCUGAUGGUAGAGGGAAGGGGGCCACACUGACUCACACAUAACCCAGAACUUGUAGAGUUCCGCAAAAUGAACGCAUAUAGAGUCAGUUCCUUGAUGUAUACAUUCAGGAAGAAUAAAUCUCAGUGAUGUG